AUGAUAGUUCUGUGGGCUCAAAUAGCCAAGCACCUUCCUGGGAGAACAGAUAAUGAAGUUAAGAAUUUCUGGAAUUCAGCCAUCAAGAAGAAAAACAUUUCUCAAAACCUCUGUGAUCUGGCCACAUUUUCAAAUUUCUCAAAUCCAAACUCGAAUUUCCCCCAAUAUCUUGAAUUGGAUAAAGUGUACAUCCCUGCCUCACCACCACCACCGCAAGGGUUUGUUUUUGGUGAUUUUAGAGCCGAUCAGGUGAGUCACAGCGCCUAUUUGUUCAACAGGUCACCUUCUGGUUCAUCUGCACCAGCAUAUCCAUUGGGAUACCAGCCUCAAUUCAUUGAUCAUCAACAGCAAAUUCUUCAACAUGAAGAUAAUUCCAUUUUCAGCUGUGAUGAAUAUCCAUUUUUUGCAACAGAUAAGCUCUUAAAUCAGAAUCCCGCAAUGCUAUCUCUGCUGCCAAAACAAAUUAUGAAUGUGAAUGAAUGUGGGGCUACCUAUUCAUCUGCUUCACAAGAGAAAGUACUCGAAUCAAUUGCUGGCUUCUCAAAUUUCCCUUCCAAAAGGCUUUAUGCAAAUGACAUGCAGGUUUUAUCCGAUCACAUAGAGUAUAAUAAAUCCGUCGUGUCAGCAUUAUCUUCAUCAUCCCCGUCCUAUUUCUUCUCAUCAUCGUCCUUACCAUUGUCUCCAUUACCAAGCAGUGGCCCAGUGUUUGUGAACCCCUCUCUUCCUUCAAGAUGGGUUCCCUAG